AUGGUCAAAUGUCAUGAUGAUAUAUGUUCUCAAAAACAGAGAACACCCAAAUCACCAAAUACUUGCAAGGGAAUUACGCAUGUCGGUCAACCUUGUAAAGUUUCUGUGGUGUCUGACACGUAUUGUCAUCAUCAUAAAGAACAAAGAACUGGGGAAAACAUAUAUGGUAUACCAAUGCAACGAAAAAAGAAUUCGUCUAAUGAUAAUGAUGGAAUAGAUGAACUAGAUUAUGAGAUGCGAUCUCUAUCGUUAAAUAAAAGCCCAUCAACACGAAAUGAUUCAAAAACAAAGAAUAAUGUAAUUGGCUCAACUUAUAUCACAAUAAACCACAAAAAUAAAAAUUAUCAGAUUUCGGGAGAGAAGGAAUCAAUAACUUCACAAACAAAGAAAAAAGUUCUUACAAGUACUAAAUGGGAGCAAACAGACACUCAUAAUAAAUUGCAAACACCACAGCGUGGAGAUGACAAUUUCGAGACAGCAAAUAAAGGAUUUCCGACUUUAACGUUAUCAUUUAAUGCAAGUCCGCUAGAAUCUUUAAUUGAAAAGCACAGUGCUAGACAACAAAUAACGUAUAAAGAAUUAUGCGAGGUAUUGGAAACACCUUAUCAAUCGCCAAUAAGGAAUGUUCCAGAUAUAAAAUCACCUAUGACGCCGACGACACCGACAAGAACAAGCAAGCGUUCGUCGUGUAUAAAUGAGUCAAAUGAAUCGAUAACUGAUAAUCAAAAUAUGACACAUACUGAUUUAACUAAUUAUGAUCGUAGCUCAUCACCCACUUCCUCGUUACAAAAUAAAACUGUCAAAUUAGUUAAUCAAAAAAUCCAAGCUUCGGAAGAGAUUGUUAACAUUGAGGAGGAGUUGGAAAAGACCAUAUACGUUCCUGGUAAGGCGAUAUUAAAAUGGAUUCGUUUUGGAGAGUGGAUAAAACAAGAUCUUUCCCCGGAAACAAGGCGUUCAUUAAAAUCCGAAAUGGAGAAGCCAAUAGCUGAUAAAGAUGAACCUGGACCCAAUUCCGAGGAGAUGGAUAAAUACACAUUCUAUAAAGUCGGUAGAACUUCGAAUGUACAUCGGAGGCUUUACCAAUGGGCCAAAAGAUGUGGAUACAAGCCCAAGUUAAUCGAAGAAUUCCCAUCUUCAAAGGAUAGUGAAGGGGGGGAAGGUUCACGCAUAAACGUUGAAAGAACAAAAUGCAAGUAUACGCAUAGAGCCGAAAGGCUCAUUCACAUUGAAUUGACCGCGCGAUUCAAAGCCGAUGUCGAAAAAUGCGAGUCCUGUGGGCGCUCACACAGGGAAUGGUUUAAAGCUUCAUCGGACGUAAACGAUGAAUUUGUGUUGCAUAGAUGGGAUGAUGUCCGAGAAGUAAUAACCCAUUGGAUAACCUUUGUUGAAAAGGUUUAUGGUACCGGAUAA